AACAAAGUGUCGGAAAGUGCACUUGCUGCUAUGGUGGCUGGUAAUCAGCUGUUGCUGCAUUCCGAUGUGUUGACAGUUCACCUGCUUGUCAAAAUGUACCGUAUAAAUUCGGUAUCGCACGUGUCGAGAUACGUCCUGUCAAAUAUUAAUUUUAUUCGUUCGACAUUGAACGCUCGACGUAAUGUACAUGUGUAUAAGAAUGUUUUUGUGAAGCUCCCGCGAUUUACCGCUAGGAUAGAAAAAUAUCAAUUCAACGGUAGUCACAAUUCGCAGAAGAGAAAAUGCAGAAUGCUCCUCGCUGUGUCGUUGCCUACAUUAAUUGUUAAUUAUCUUCUUGGUAUCGAGGGUACUGACGAAGAAGUCCCGGAAGUCAUUAUGACGAUCAAACGAUCCGUAUUAUUGAUACAGAAGAGAGAACAUGAUAAGGCAGAGCAAAUGCUACACUUAGCGUUACGUCAAGCACAAACUAUACAGCAUUAUGAUGCUGUUACAUAUAUCUACGACGUAAUGGCUAAUCUUGCUUUUGACACUGGGAAAUAUAGCAAAGCAGAGAAAUUAUUUCUAGUAGUUUUGCAAAGACUGAUGUCAAAUGGAGCUACAGAAGAUGAUAUGCGAGUCAUUCAUAUAAGCCUGAAAAUAGCCAAAGUAUUUGAACAUCUUGAUGAGCCAAAGAAAGCAGACCAGGGCUAUAAAUUUUGUAUGGAACAUUUAAAAUUGCAUGUUCAAAAAGAUCCUGAUAAUGAAGACGCUGUGUUGCUACAGGGUAUAACUUUUGAUUGGUACGCAAGAAUGUUACUUUCACAAUCUCAAUAUGCCGAAGCUAUGAACUAUCUUCUUCAAGCUUAUGAAAUAUGUAAAAAAACGAAAGGUGAAACACAUGAACAAACUGUUGUUUUACUUAAUGAUUUGGGAACAAUUUGUUGUAUACGAGAAGAAUAUGAUGAAGCUAUUACAUAUUUAUCUGCUGCAGCAAAAAUAGGGAAAAACUUACCUGACAUGGUUGACUUAGGUUCAAUUCAUGUGAAUUUAGGAAGUGUGCUUCUAAAAAAAGGUUUAUACAAUGAAGCCAAAGAAUGUUGUCAACAAGGGAAAAAAAUAGCUGAAAGUAGAGACGAUAAUGACUCUUUAUUAAAAGCAGAUGAAUGCCUCAAGGAAGUAAAGAGAUUACUGUCAUUGUAA